GAUGGGCCUGCUCUCUCUACAUAUGUAUUACAGCAGACCUAUUCUCUUCCUCGCUAGAUUUGAGCAACAGAACUUGGCGGCGGAAGAGGCUUUCAUCAAAGGAGCGUGAUGUUGGUGAGAUGAAUGUAUAAGAGUGUUCCCUGUCUAUAAUGGCGGCUUCAUCCCUUCACUGUUUUCAACUUGUCAAAUUUCCCUCUGGAAGCCGCCCCUUCUUUCCCGCUGGUUCAUAUGGCGGAUGCAGAAUAAAAAAUAAGAGUUGCCAUCUAGUUUUUGCUUCCGCAAAGAAGACAGAUCAAUGUCUCUUUACUGACUCAAAGGUUCAGACAUUAUUAGAUAGUGUAAAAUGGGAUGAGAAAGGAUUGGCGGUGGCUAUAGCUCAAAAUGUUGACACUGGAGAUAUACUAAUGCAAGGCUUUAUCAAUAGGGAUGCGCUAGCUACUACCAUUUCCUCUCGGAAGGCAACAUUCUACAGUCGGUCACGGUCGACAUUGUGGACCAAGGGAGAAACCUCCAGUAAUUUCAUCAACAUUCUUGAUAUAUUUAUUGACUGUGACCGUGACUCUAUAAUAUACCUUGGAAAACCUGAUGGACCAACCUGCCACACGGGGGCGGAAACUUGCUAUUACACCUCGGUCUUUGAUCAACUAAAUGAUCAACAGCUACAGCAGGUUGAAGAAAACAAGUUGGCUCGAACAACUUUGUACUCGUUAGAAUCUACCAUUGCCCAGCGCAAAGCAGAAGUAGCUGCACCACGAGAUGGAAAGUCAUCGUGGACUAAACGUUUAUUGGUUGAACACAACUUGUUGUGCUCGAAAAUCAGGGAAGAAGCAGAUGAAUUAUGUCGAACACUGGAGGAAAAUGAAGAUAAUUCUCGCACUGCUUCAGAGAUGGGAGAUGUACUCUAUCAUGCCAUGGUUUUGUUGGCAGUCAAAGAUGUAAAAAUAGAAGACGUUCUUGAAGUUCUUCGUCGGAGAUUUUCUCGGUCUGGCAUCGAGGAAAAGAGAAGUCGCAAGGCACAAGGGUAGAGCAGUUAAUUUUAUUCUCUUUGUGAAGCCUGCACUAUUGUAUUAUUAUCAAUUCUUGGCCUCUCUCAGCAAAUGCUAUCAAGAAUCUGGUGGUUGUAUCCAGUUUCUCUUUACUACAUUGCUUCUUUGCAUGUAUUGCUUCAGGAUUUUACAACAAAUAGUUACUGAAAUCUGUGGCUAUUUUGUUCUUCCCCGUGACUAUAUCAAUGAAAUAUAAUAAUAAUCAGUCAACUAGGCCCUCAUUUCCUCA